AUGGUCUUUACAUGAUUAUCUAGCUUUGAAUGCGUUUGCCCUGAAAUUCUUCAUUCUCGAAUUUCUUAUCUUUUCUGUUAUCAAUUAGCGAAAAAAGAAGAAUGUCAAAGAAAAUGGAAUUUGAUGCAAAUGAAGGGAAGUUCAAGACCCUGCGCAUAUCAUCUCUCGAUGAAGAAGAAGAUGACGAAGCUCAAGUGGACGAAAUUGAUGACCCAGAUUUAUACAAUGAUGAAGAUGAAGAUGAUGAAGAACGAGUUCUUGUAACAUUCGGAUUUGUUGAGAAGCCAAAAAAUAAGUGGUCACUACUCCGCCAUUAUUUCCCAAGCAAAGCUGGUGGCACUUCGGCUUGGUUGGACCCGAUUAAUUUGCCUUCCGAGAAGGCUAAUCUUUGUGAUUUUUGCAGUGAGCCAUUGCAGUUUUUGCUACAGGUUUAUGCACCACUAUCUGAGGAAUCAACAUUUCACCGCACCCUGUUUGUUUUCAUGUGCCCAUCAAUGACUUGUCUUCUUCGCGAUCAGCACGAGCAAUGUAAGCGGCAUCCUGAGAAGCCAUGCAGAAGUGUCAAGGUUUUCCGUUGUCAAUUACCAUGCACAAAUUUGUUUUAUUCAAGCGAUGCCCCUCAUGAAGAUGGGAUAGAGCAACCUUUGACAGCUGGAGCAAAACUUUGUAAUUGGUGUGGUACAUGGAAAGGGGAUAAAGUGUGUAGUAGCUGCAGAGAAGCACGAUAUUGUUCUGGGAAACACCAGGCUGCACAUUGGCGUUCUGGCCAUAGAAUAGUUGCACAAAAAUUUUAUUUGCAAAUAGUUGCGAGCAAUUCUCUGUGGCCACAGUAUAUGAUCACAAAUGAGGAUGAAUGUGAAUUUGAGCAGGAGAUGUCUGAUAGUGAAUAUUCUAAUGCAUUAGUUUCUGGAAAUCGGGUGGAUGAGUCAGUCAAGUCACUGAUGGAUGAUUUUGCGGGAGAUGAUGACAAGAGGAGUUGGUCAUCUUUCCAGGAAAUAAUAUCCCGUGCCCCUGAGCAAGUGUUGAGGUACUGUAGAUCUGCUAAAGCAAGAGCAUUGUGGCCGGUGUACAGUGGUCAGCCAUCAAGAUCUGAUAUUCCUGCAUGCAACUACUGUGGUGGCACUCGAGGUUUCGAGUUUCAGACAAAUUUUAAUUACCUGGGUUUCAUAGCAGUACGUAAAUUGUUAGCGCGGCUUGAUUAUUCAAAUUCUCAUAAUCAGUCUGGAUGGAAAGGGAGUCUAAUGGUUUUGCCCCAACUACUUUAUUACUUUGGGGUGCAGAAUGAUGUGGAUUCUCUUGAUUGGGCAACGAUUGUUGUUUACACGUGCGAGACUUCGUGUAAAGGAGAGGGUUACAAAGAAGAAUUCGUCUGGGUUCAACUUGCGUCCCAAUCAGCACCUUAA